AUUGUACUCCUUAUUUGAAUUCAGUAGGAAAACAUGUCAUUGGAGAUGUACAGAACAUCACUAUUAGUCAAUACGCGUGCUCUGGUCAAGUUGCAGUGACUGUAUUGUGGACAGCCAACCCCAUUGGUAUUGAAUUUCUGAAAGGAUUUCGAGUUAUACUUGAAGAAUUAAAAUCGGAAAGAAGACAAUGUCAGCAGUUGCUUUUAAAAGACCCAAAACAGCUCAACUCAAGUUAUAAGUGGACUAGAGUGGAAUCUCAGCCCUUCCUAAAUCUGAAAUUUGAAACUGACUACUUUGUAAAGAUUAUUCCUUUUCCAUCCAUUAAGAAUGAAAGUAACUACCAUCCUUUUUUCUUCAGAACUCGGCCUUGUGAAUUGCUGCUGCAACCAGACAACCUGGUCUGCAAACCUUUUUGGAAGCCAAGAAGCUUGAAUAUUACGCAGCAAGGUUUUAAUAUGUAUGUAUCUUUCGAACAUGCACCACAUAACUUUGGAUUCAGAUAUUACUACCUGCACUACAAGCUCAAAACUGAUGGACAGUUCAAACAGAAGAUUUGUAAACAGGAAAAGAAUACAGAUGCAACAACUUGCAUUCUUCAGAAUGUCUCACCUGGAGAUUAUAUCAUUGAGCUUGUUGAUGAUACCAACACAACAAGAAAAUCAAUGCACUAUGUGUUAAAGCCAGUGCACUCCCCAUGGGCAGGUCCAAUAAGAGCAGUAGCCAUUACAGUACCCUUGGUUGUCAUCUCUGCAUUUGCAACACUUUUUACAGUGAUGUGUCGCAAAAAGCAACAAGAAAAUAUCUAUUCCCAUUUAGAUGAGGAGAGUUCUGAAUCUUCUACCUACUCUGCAUCUCUCCAUGUGGAAAGGCAGCAGCCUCGGCCCAAAGUUUUCCUCUGCUAUUCCAAUAAAGACUGCCAGAAGCACAUUAAUGUCAUCCAGUGUUUUGCCUUUUUCCUUCAGGACUUUUGUGGUUGUGAGGUUUCUUUAGACUUAUGGGAAGAUCUGAAAAACUCUAAAGAAGGUCAGAAAGAGUGGCUUCACCGGAAAAUCAAUGAAUCCCAAUAUGUUAUCGUUGUAUGUUCAAAAGGAAUGAAAUAUUUUGUGGAGAAAAGGAGCUGGAAGCACAAGAGAUCCAGGGACAAGGAUACUGGGAAAGGAGAACUCUUUCUGGUUGCCAUAGCUACCAUAGCAGAGCAGCUACGUCAUGCAAGGCAAAAUUCACGUGACCUCUGCAAGUUCAUUGCUGUUUAUUUUGAUUAUUCCUGUGAAGGUGACAUUCCUGGAGUACUAGAUUUAACCACAAAGUACAAGCUUAUGGACAACCUGCCUCAGCUUUAUGCUCAUUUAAAAUCCAAAGAUCUUAGCUUUCAUGAUUCAGAAUUGUAUCCUGUACAUAUUAGCAAAAGAAAUUAUUUCAGGAGUAAGUCUGGACGAUCGCUCUACGUUGCCAUUUGUAACAUGCAUCAGUAUAUUGACCAGGAGCCUGACUGGUUUGAGAAGCAGUUUGCGUCUUUCUUCCCAACACCUUUACGUUGUCUGGAUCCAGUGAUAGAAACUUUUGACUCUGGCUUGGUAUUGAAUGACUUAGUCAAUAAACAAGUGACUGAUGGAGAUUUUUAUCUAAAAGUAGAUGCAAAUGUUGUUCCUCCUUUGCAUUCAGACUCUCUUAGUGCGACCCAGCAUUUGAAUCUUGGGCUGGAUAGAGAAUCUCAGGACAUUCAGAAUACUAGCUCUAUUCUUCAGCCAUUGCUGCAUGUUGUAAAAGCAUCCAAUCUGCCAGACAUGCCCCGAGAUUCGGGAAUUUAUGAUUCCUCUGUUCCUUCAUCUGAACUGUCACUACCUUUAAUGGAUGGACUCUUAACAGAUCAAACUGAAACAUCUUCUAUUGCAGAGAGUGUUUCUUCCUCAUCGGGACUGGGAGAAGAUGAACCUCCUUUGCUUGCUGCCACCAAAUCCCUCGUGCCUGGAAUAUGUAAAGCAGAACUUCAUUGCUGUAUCCACACGGAAGAACUGCAGGCAAUUGCACCUUUAUAAUGGAUUGAAAGAUUGUUAUGCAUUGCCACUUUAUCAACAGCAUCCGUUUAUACAUUAAUCUCUCUUAUCAUUGCAGUCAUUUCACUUGUUUGGAAGAAAAAAACACUUUCCUGAUUUGCUUCCUAGGGUAGUUCAUGGCCAGUAUAUUUUGUUUUAUACUUUGUUUUUAUAUAAAUAGUUUUCUGUUUUGAUAAUAAAACUUGUAAGUUUGGGGAGAUACAUAUUACUAUCGAUUUGGAUUUAAGGGAGAUGUUGUAUUAACAAGAGUUAAAAUCUAUCUGCUUUCUAAUAUGGAUAUAGUUUUGGAAAUUACCAAAUCUUUGACUUCUAUGAUUUCAUCCUAUAAGGGUGAGCCAUGACUCUAUAAGUCUAUGCCUUUUCUAUCCUUAAUUCUAUUAUACCCAAGAGGAAAGACAACGUGAGUGCUUGGUUAUAAUUAGCUAUGCUUCCUUUCCAUCUAAACUUGAUAUUCUGAUUAACAGUUAAAUUGUUAUAAAAUUAUGAUUUGAAAGUAGUUUAUAAUGAAACUGACUACAAUUUAGUGUAACAGCCUAUUUAAUUGUGGGAAAUGAGUAAUGUUUGAUCCUCCAAUGCUCUGUGCAUUUUAUCAAGUUCCUGGUUGUAAAUGCUGAAGCAACUGGACAUCAUAAUAUAAUGUUCAGUAAUAUUUGGAGAUUGGAAAGCAGGAUUCACAGUGUUAAAAUACCAAAGAUGAGGCCUAUAAAAAUAGGCUUUACUAAAACAGAAAUCAUUAUUGAAUUUUGCUUAUCCAGCCUAGCAUAUUUAAGUAGAAAGUUAAAAAAAAAUGUUUUGUGUCUUAUGUUACUUGUGACCAAACUUAUAUUAAUGGCAAGUUUGCCAUUCCAAUUUGAAAAUAGUUUAAAUUUAAACUCAGUUGUGUUUCCUAGUUAUCUGCUAACAUUCACGCUAGUAUUAAUAUUUCAUUGUUUAAGCAUUUUUUAAAAUGUUUUUAACUUUAGAAGCUAAAAUAUUAAAGUUCCGUUGAACAAUUAAAUCAAGGUCAAUAAUAUAAAUAAUUGAUAUGUAACUGAGUGUUUGUUUAUAUGAAUCAUAAAGUUAAUGAAAAAUACCAACCCUUCUCUAGCCCCAGAGUUGUAUUUACUUUAAAUUGUUGUCCUGGCUUUGUUGAGAAUACUGUUCUUAAUUCAUUUACCUUACACUGACAUUUUUCCAGGUUGUUUAAUGAUUUUAAAAGAUACAUAAGUAGAUACAUUUGCUUUUUUUUUUUUAAAGCCUCAAUAUUAGUAAGUAGUCAUUUUCAUGCAUGUAAUGUAUUUUUGAGCCGUUAUAUAACAUUAUUAAGGGGCAAGUCUGGUAGAUGAGCAUUACAAUAUUUCCCCAAUUUGUUCUCACUUUUUUAAAAGCUUAAAUUGAGUUUUGAUAGCAAAAAUUUUACUACAUGUUUUAAACUUUGUUUUUUUUUAAAUCAAAUCAUUUCAGAAAGGAAUUUAGACUUUCUUAAAUAGUUUAAUGUGGGGAAAUAAUUUUGUGGAAAAAAUAUUUCCAUAAACAAUGAUACACAUACGAUAAUCACGAGAACUAUUUUUUAAACCUUGCACUGUCCCUUCUGUAUAUUUGCUGACCACUUGAAAAUGUUGCUUGUGUAUCCUGAUUACUUGAAAGCCCAUACAACAGUUCUGGAGGAUUUCCUUAAAAUAAUAUAAUUUUUUUUAAAGUAAGGAACAUAUGUGGUAAAUUCCUCAAAUAGCAAAAAAAAACAACAAAAAAAAACAAAAAAACAACCCAUACUGAAAAGUUUAAAGAGAGAAUGGAUGGUCAGAAUAAUAACUAUUAGAAAUAGGGACACAGAUACAGUUAAAACCAUAGUUUCAUCCCCAAAUGCUAUAGUUUUCUAUUUGUACUAGAAAAGAAUUCCUAUCAGGAUUUUCUAAAAGAAAAUGUAAUCAUUGAAAGACUUUCUGUAUCUUUUAUAUUCCUUGGGGAUCUCAAGUGGCCUUGCUUUACUCAUGCUGCUUAAGCGUUAUGAAAGUUGAAAUCCAGUAUUUCCUCAGGGCACCAUAUAGAUAACCGCUAUAGUGGCCCAUCUAUAUAUUCUGGGUUUCCAGUGGUUUUUGAGUUUGUACUCAAUCAUACCUUCACAAUUUGAAUUUUAUUUAAUUAACAUACUGUGAUCAAAUACCUUGAUUUUUGUUAUAUCAAGUUAUAUUCAUAAUACAUUUUGAUAAAAUACUGUCAAUUUUAGGAAUUAGCAAUCCUAAAAUAAUAUCAGUGAUUUUUCAACUAACCUAAUGUGGUAAUUAGAUUACCACUAAAAUUGCCACUUUUCUAAAUCAGCACUUCCCUCCACUCACUCUCAGCUGUCUCUUAAGUUUCCUUUAUUAAUGUCAUAUUUGCAAUACUUCUCAGGGAUAUUUUUGGCCCAUUUUUUAUGUUUCACCUGCAUGUUUUAAGUAGUUUUGCAAGUUAAGAAAUGCCUCAAUAUUGCAUACAAUAUUGCAAUUUUUUUUGUUUCUGUCAUCUUCAGAGCUCUCUUCUCUUUUUCAAAAUCAUUUCCAACUCAAGAGAAUGAAAAAACUGGUUACAGCCAGUUUGUGAUUCCUUAUUUGUUCUAAUGCUAUUCAUUGAAACUUAUUUACCAAUUACUUCUUAUUGGGUUAAAAAAAUAAGAAUUAAGGAAACAAAAAGAAAAGAAAUAUAUAAAGUAAUGACCUUUCCCUUCAUGACAAGUAUAAACAAUUUUAACAACUUAUCACCUUUUCUAACAGUGCAACAAAUAUCUAUACUUCCCAUAUCUGAUCUGUCAUCUAUAAACAAAUACUUAAAGACACCAUUGUCCUAGUUAAUGAAGUUUAUUAAUGAUUACCAGAGAUAACACCUCUAUUUUAAUCUUUAUAAAAUAAAUCAUAACCUUUCUUUUUACUUUCAGCAAUCUUCAGUUAAUUAUAUUAAUCCACCAUUUAUCACUUUCUUGUUGGAGAGAACUAAUGGGCAUAGAAAU